UGGUAUAUAAAUUCGAUUAUUGAAUUAUUAUUCUCUAGUUGUGCAUCAGCUAUGAAGAUACUAACGUUAGUUAUAGGGGUUUUUGUGGGGGCGUCGGGGUUCCUCAUUAAAGUGCCCAUAGCCCCAAAGACUCCGGUGAUAGCAAACAUCGACUGGGUUCACCGACAAAAGCUUAUUUUACCCUUUUUCGAUAACGUCUGCGAUGUCAGUACCAACCCUAUGAUCAUAAGAUGGGCUGAAGAAUUCGAUAUCAAUGCACUAACACCCGACAAUUUCGAGGAUGCUGAUGUUAUACCGAAAUUCAAAACUUUUUUUGCCGGAAAAUCUUUCUUAGCGAAAGGCGAGAUAUUUUCUGAAUACAACAAAGAUCACCUUAGCGAAUUGAAAGUCAUCUGUGAAGUGUUGUGCGGAGCGAAAAACUUUGAUACAUUCCUAAAAGCCGCCGCGUGGGCCAGACAACAGCUCAACUGCGGGUUAUUCAUCGAUGCCUUCUACUCAGCUCUUAUAAAACGACGAGACACAUCGCAACUCUCCAUUCCGGCUCCAUACGAACUCAUACCCAACUACUUUAUACAGAAAGAUGUCAUCAUAACCGGAUCUUCUUUAUUAACUGGCAUCCCAAUUACGCCAUCAUCGUCUGUUCGGGAAGAUGGCAACGCAUACUUCAUUGAUGCUAACUACACGACUGACGUCACAGAUAGUGACGACGAACGCAAGCUGGCCUACUUUAACGAAGAUGUCGGUUUGAACUCAUACUACUUUCUACGGAAACUCAGCAAAUUGCCAUGGUUUAAUGACGUGCUGAAUUCUGAUUCCACAUACGGAGAAUAUCUGUACUUCAUGAUGAAACAAAUGGCGACCAGAUACGAUCUGGAAAGAUACGCAAACGGUUUUGAAGAUGUCACUAGUAUAAACUGGAAUGCUAUGGAUUCGUCGGUCUAUGAUCCUAUGCUUAUUUACUCGAACGGGAAAGAUUUUUGUCCAGCUGUUAACUUUGUAGAUCCAAUAAAAUCAGAAGAAGCGACCAUGCUGUCUACUAUUGAAGAUAAUAUUUCGGCAGUUGUGAGUCAUAUGCUUACUUAUUUUCAGAGGCAAAGCGGAUAUGACAAGACUGUAAUUCUAAACAAUCUGAUGGAAAUCCUCGUCACUGGCAACAACAACUAUGAAACUCUGGCGCAUCAAAUACUGAGGGGCUCUUGCAUCGAUGCGCCCUCAGUACUCGAACAUUACAUGACUACGGCUAGAGAUCCUAUAUUCUGGAAACUUAACAAAAAGAUUGUUCAGAUUAUUGAGACUGCAUUGGAAGUUUUACCGACAUACUCCAAGAAUGAAUUGUAUUUCCCAGGAGUGGAAAUAAUGAAUGUGGACAUAAAGAAAAUGAAUACAUACUUCGAAAGCUACGAUUUCGAUGUCACAGCGUCUCUACGUGCUCCCGAUAUUGAAAAUAGUUUUCAAGUCAAAAUAUCACAGUCUAGACUUAACCACAAGCCAUUUGCUGUAAAAGUAAACAUUUCCUCAUUAGUAACACAGAAAGGUGUCCUAAAAAUAUACUUAGGACCCAAAAUACUACCUGGAGAACUUGCCAUUAAAAAAAGUAAAUUUAUGUUGUUAGAUUCCUUUGAGGUUAAUCUUAAGAAAGGCAGCAAUGUUGUUACCAGGUCAUCAGAAGAAAUAACUAACUUAUCACCAGAUUUCCUAUCUCUCAAAAACUUAUACAAAAACGUUGAAGACGCAGAACUUGGACUCGAAACACUAACAAAAGAAAAUAUAAGAAAUCUUAUAAGUUUUCCAUCCAGAUUAAUAAUUCCGAAGGGCUUAGAGGGUGGACUUCCUCUCCAAGUAUUUGUAUUUGUGGCUCCAUUUGUCAAAGUGACUGCUAAUGGACUAGGAGUAACGAGUACUGAAUUUAACUCUGCAAUUAUGUCACCUGGAUAUCCUCUUGAUUUACGCAUUGAGAACUGGCAGUUAUUUGAUUUACCAAAUGCUAUGGUAAAAGAAAUAAUGGUUACCCAUAAAGAUAUAAGCAAAGGUGGUAGUUACAAAGGAGGAAACGAUGAGAGCCCUAAAAGCUGGGGAGGAGAUAAUGCAUAUGACUAUAGCUCAAAAAAGGGUCAAUACGGCAAAAAAAGCGACUACGGUUCAAAGAAAGGUCAAUACAUGAAACCGACUGAGUAUUCGUAUGGGUCCGAAAACACUUUAACUGUAUCACAGCCUGAUUAUAGUGACAAUCAAUAUGAAAAACUAUCACUGAUUAAAACAAUUCCAACCACAACAACAGAAUACGUUUUAGGUAAUUUAAUUCAGAAGACUACAGAUUAUAGCAGUAAAUAUUUACAAAAUGAUGAAAAUGCGAACUUAAAAGUAAAUGAAAAAGAUAACACUAGUACUGAAAAUAAUUUGAAUAAUGAUAAAACUAACGAAAAAUAUAAUUAUUCAGACGAAAAAUAUACGAAUGUUGUUAAUAAUAAACCCGUCCAUAAAAUACCACUUCUAAAAUCGACUAAAAAGUUUUAUAAAAACCAAGCUACCGUCAAACCAUAUUUAAAAACAGAUUUUAAUGCUCAAAUAAAUAAAUCAGUUAGUAAAAACAAUCAAUGGGAGUACGUAGACCCUACGUAUUCUGCUGGUGGUGUAUUUGACGGUAGUUUCAAAACCGAAAUAACAAAAAAAACUGGAACUAAAGAUACUUUAGACUCAUUUGUAUAUGGUAAAGAUUUUACAAUUGAUAAACAAAUGGAUAAAACUAUAAAUAAAAGUAAAUUUGACGAUAAACUUAAUAAAACAUAUGAAUUUAAGAUUAGUCGUCCAGAGUACGACACUAUAGCUCCUAUUGAUGAGGGCAAUAAAUCAUUUAUGAAUAUUAAAACGAACACUAAGGAAAUAAACAAAUCGGACUAUUCAAAAGACAUAGUUAUUAAUACGAAUAAUGCAGAUAAAUUUAACAAGUCUUUCAAAACAACUGAUUUAGAAGAAACUAUUGAUCCUAUCAAUAUUAACACAUACACAAGUAAUGUAGCUUUUGGUAGAAAGAUGAGUAAAUCUAUCAAUAAACAAGGACCACCUAGUGGUUCAAACUACGAAACUGAUGUAAAUAUAAAAAAUACCAAUGGUGAAUGGGCUAAAUCUAUUACAAAAACUGACUUAUCUGGAGAAAAAGAUGCUGACACCUACGCAAAAGGUGUUUUUGAUGGAAAGUGGAGCAAAAUUAUCAACAAACCAGGGCCAUACAGUACUUCAAAAUAUGAAACGGAUGUAAAUAUAAAUAAUGAGAAUUCCCAAUGGGCUAAAACCAUUACAAAAACUGACUUAACUGAAGAUAACAAUGCUAUUACUUAUGGUAGUGAUAUUGCUUUUGAUGGAAAGUGGAGCAAAAUCAUCAAUAAACCAGGACCAUACAGUACUUCAAAAUAUGAAACUGAUGUAAACAUAAACAAUGACAAUGGCCAAUGGGAUAAAACUAUUGCAAUAACGGACUUAUCUGGAGAAAUUGGAGCAUCUGAAGAAAACAAUAUACCAUAUGAAAAAAUUGUGAUUCAGAGACCAAAUUUUUACGACUACGUACUACAUGGGUUAAAUUAUGGUGACUACUACGAGGAACCUACGUAUGAAUAAGAUUAUAAUUUUAAUUUUACAAUAUAGGUAGGUUAAUAAGUUUAGCUUUACAUAAUUUAUAUUUUAGUCAAAAUCAGUCCCGAUUAUUUAUGUCGUUAUUUGUACAAACCUUGUUAUUUUUACUUGUGCAUAAACUGUAUUAUUUAAUUAUAGAAUACUAAACGAUUUUCUAAUAAAAAAUAUUUAUAAAUAAAA